AUGGCCGACGUCCAAGCAGGGUCGAACGAGCCGCUCGUCGUGGUGGCACUUGCGUUUGUGAAGGCGCAUUUUCUGCUGGUGGCCUUCUCCUUGAUCAUCGGCCGAGGCCUGUACAGACGAUACGUCUCUCCUAUUCGAGAUGUGCCAGGACCGUUUCUUGCGUCGUGUUCUCGUCUGUGGAAACUUUGGAGCACGUACUCGGGUCACACUGAGCUCGACCACAUCGCACUGCACAGGAAAUACGGACCUAUCGUGAGAACGGCGCCAAAAGAAGUGUCGUUUGCAUCUCCCAAUGCGGCCAAAGACAUCUUCGCGGUGGGCAAAGGAUUCCACAAAACCAUGUUCUACAGCGUGUUCCCGCCCAAGCACGCCCCCGACAUCUUCACCGAAGUGCGAGAAUGGAAGCAUGCGCAGAUGAAGCGGUACGCCGUGACACCGUACAGCCUGGCGCAAAUGCAGAAACGGUCCGGGCCCAUCGAGGGCAUGAUCCAGCUCCUGAUGGACCACUUGGACAACUACGCCAGCGACUCCAAGAGACUCUGCGACCUGAGCAAUCUGCUGCACUACUUUGCAUUUGACGUGCUCGGCGAGGUGGCGUUCUCGCGACGAUUCGGGUUUCUCGAGGCCGAGGUCGACAUCGAAGGGUCGAUCAAGAACAUCGACGACGUGCAAUGGUAUGACGGGCUGGUGGGCCAGGUGCCGGAAUUCGACAUUUUCCUGCGGAACAAUCCGUUGCGGCCGUACCUGCCCUUCUGGAAGCCGGCGCCAACCACGAUGACCAAAAUCGCGGUGCAGGAGCUGGCCAAGCGAAAGCGGCCGGACGGGACUUACGAUUCUUCCGGGAUCGACCUGUUGGCCGAGCUGCUACGAGCACACGAGACCAACUCGGAGAAGUUCAGCAUAGACGACGUCUUCAGUAUCGCCCACGGAGCCAUCUUUGCCGGCUCCGAUUCCACGGCGUCGACCAUGCAAUCCUUUUUCUACCUGGUGCUCAACUCGCCCGAGGUGUACGCGACGCUGCAGAAGGAGGUCGACGAGGCCCAGAAGGCCGGCCAGCUCUCGCCCAUCGUCACGUACGCCGAGGCCCAGAAACUCGAAUACUUCCAGGCCUGCCUCAAGGAGGCCAUGCGCGUGCGUCCGGCCGUCGGCUUGGGCAUCUACCGCCGAGUGCCGCCGGACGGGGCCGAGAUCGACGGUCGCUUCUACCCGGGCGGAGUCGAAGUCGCGCUCAACGGAUGGGUCCUGCAUCGAGACAGGGCCGUAUUUGGAGACGAUGCAGACGACUUUCGCCCCGAGAGAUGGUUUGAACGCGAUGCGAAGGUCAUGGCCUCGCAUAUGGCUCAGUUCGGAGGCGGCAGCCAUCUGUGCAUCGGGCGCAAUCUGGCUCUGUUCGAGAUGAACAAGGUUCUCAUCCAGAUCCUGAGGGAAUACGACAUCACCCUCGCCCAUCUGGGCCGCCCGUUGCAGUACCAUUCCACCUUCUUUGUCGUGCAGGAAGGUCUGGAGGUCUAUCUCCGGAAACGAAGGGAAUGA